GAAUAAGUUUGAGCUAGGAUGGAUAAGGUUACUUUGGACUCUAUAUUUCAUAUUUCCUGACUACCCCCCAAAAGAACUGUAAUUAUAUUAGGGAAGCUGCAGGAGCUUUAAACAGUUCUUUCCAGUUCCUUUGCUUUUGGCUGCCUUUUUAUGCUUUGCUGUCCCAUUUGGAGCUGGAUAUUAUUUUUAUUGAUAGUGUUUGUGUUUCUUAGGAUAUCAGAAAAAACGUGCUGAAGAUUAGCUAUGAGGCAUGGCUAUUUUUUUAGAAGCUGAUACUUUAGUUUGAGCUGCAAGCAUUGCCUUGGGAAAGGUUUAGGUUGUUCUGGUAGGGGCAGGACUCUGCAGAGAAAACAAAGUUCAAAGAAGCAUGAAAUAAGAAGAAACAGAAUAAGAGAAGCAGAGGACCUCCCAUCCUUUAAUUCUUCAUCUCCUCUUAGAGAAGUAUAAGCUAAGCUGCCAGUAUAACUUGACCUUUUUGCAGAGUAUCUCUUACCAUCGCUGUUAUGGCUGAGAUUACAACAGAAGGACAUAUGUCCACCACAACCACAAUAAUAAAUGGAAAGAAUGGAUCCGUUCUCACCCCACCUGUGAAAGUGACAAAGAAAUCAGUUACAGAAGACAUAGUAACAACAUUCAGUUCACCAGCAGCAUGGCUUCUUGUUUUCGCUCUGAUUGUUACCUGGUCAGCAGUAGCUAUUGUAAUGUUUGACUUGGUGGAUUACAGAACACUUGCAGGAAGUUCUGUUAGCAAGCUCAGCAAAGAACCACUGCGAAUCGUUUAUGAGACUGUGGAAGAAUCCACAGAUUGGAUCUAUGGCUUUAUUUCUUUUCUGACUGACAUCAUAUGGAAUGAUGAUGAAGACAGUGAUGAAGGUGAAGUGGAACCACCAUUGAAAAGAAAAGGUGAAAUCCACCCUCCAACCAGAAAGAAAGAAAUUCAUAGAGACAAGCCUGAAAGAGAAGAAAAACUUGAAAAACGAGUACCAACUAAAGUAAUUCACAAAGGUAAACCUGAAAAACAAGAGAUUUGGGUGGAACGGAAAGAACAACCAAAAGUGACACACAAAGACAAACCUGCAAGACAAGAAAAACCUGAGAAAAAAGAAAAACCUAUAGUUGCUCACAAAGAAAAGCCUGAGAAACGAGAAAAACCAGAAAAGCCUGAGAAGCCAGUAAAACUUGAAAAGCCUGAGAAACGCGAAAAACCAGAAAAGCCUGAGAAGCCAGUAAAACUUGAAAAGCCUGAGAAACGAGAAAAACCAGAAAAGCCUGAGAAGCCAGUAAAGCUAGAAAAGCCUGAAAAACGAGAAAAGCCUGAGAAACCAGAAAAGCUAGAAAAGCCGGAGAAACCAGAAAAGCUAGAAAAGCCUGAGAAACGAGAAAAACAAGAAGAACCUGAAAAGAAAGUGCCCCCCAAAGUGACUCAGAAAGACAAACCAGAAAAACAAGAAAAAGUGGAAAGGAAACCUCCUCCUAAAGAGGAGAAGAAAGCAAAGAGUAUCAAAGCUGAAGAAAAAGUUAAAAAGGAAAUGAAAGAUGGAAAACCAGAGUUGAAGAUGACUGAGAAAGUCAAACGGACUGAAAUAAAAGUACAGGAAGUUGGGUUAAUAGAAGCCAAACCGAGAGUUAAGGAGGAGAAAGCAUUUAAGGCUGAAACAAGAUCGGAAAAGAAAGAUCAAUAUGCAUUCUGUCGCUAUGUGAUUGACAUGUUUGCGCAACGGGAUUUUUAUACAGGACCUCGUCUACUUCUAGAACAAAGUCCAAGAAAGAUACCUGCUGUUGUUGGAGAAGAAAAGCCUAUUGUGAUAGCUAAGGAAGUGAAAAAAACUGAAGAAGAAAAGAGAGUAAUACAUGAAAGGAGAGUUAUUCCUGAAACAAAAAAGAAAGAAAAAGAAGAAAAAAAAGAGAGAACUCCUGAGAAGCCAGCUGUUCUUGAAAAAAGAAAAGCAGAGCCAGUAAAAAAAAAACCUGUACAUCCAGCUGAAAAGAAAGAAGAAAAAAAAGACGCUGUUAUGGUCAAAGAACCUAGAAAGCCAGCAAAAGCUCCUGUGGCUAAACCUGUCGCUGUAAAAGUAACAGCACCAGUUCCCAAGACACUACCAGCAGGUAGAACAGCAGAAGCCAAACCAUCAAAAAAGGAAGUACCUGUAGUACCUGCCAUACUGUCAAAAAAGGAAGUAUCUGUAGUAUCAGCCAUACCAUCAAAAAAGGAAGUACCUGUAGUCCCAGCCAAACCGUCAAAAAAGGAAGUACCUGUAGUACUUGACAAACCAUCAAAAAAGGAAGUUCCUGUAGUACCAGCCAUAUCAUCAAAAAAGGAAGUUCCUGUAGUACCAGCCAAACCAUCAAAAAAGGAAGUACCUGUAGUACAUGACAAACUGUCAAAAAAGGAAGUACCUGUAGUACCUGCCAAACCAUCACAAAAGGAAGUACCUGUAGUACCUGACAAACCGUCAAAAAAGGAAGUACCUAUAGUACCAGCCAAACCAUCACAAAAGGAAGUACCUGUAGUACCUGACAAACUGUCAAAAAAGGAAGUACCUGUAGUACCAGCCAAAUCAUCACAAAAGGAAGUACCUGUAGUACCAGUUAAACCAUCAAAAAAGGAAGUACCUGUAGUACCAGCCAAACCAUCAAAAAAGGAAGUACCUGUAGUACCUGCCAAACCAUCAAAAAAGGAAGUACCUGUAGUACCAGUGAAACCACCUAUAUCUUUGGAAACCCACAUGGCAAAAGCAGCCAAAAGAGAGGAACUAAAAGAAACAAAAACUGAACAACCCAAAGAAGUAGUAGCUGUGGUUUCAGCUAAAAAAGAAAGAGAUACAUCUAGUAGUCACAAGACUUUGAAAGCAUUUGCUUCAGCUGUACCUGAAAAGAAGGAAGAGAAAACAACAAAGGCAGUGGAACAAGAACCUGUAAAAGAGAAACAAGUGCAACCUGCUGCCACAAAGCAUAAAGAGCAUGUAAAAGAAAAGGAAGUCAAGCAUCCUGCAGUAGUGAAGGAUAAAGAGCCCGUAAAAGAAAAACCUCUGAAGACUCCAGAAGUGUCAAAGGAGAAAGAGUCUGUUAAAAAAGAAGUGAAGCCUCCAACAGCUGCAAAGGAAAAGGAGCUUACAAAAGAGAAAGAAGUGAAGCCUCCAGCUGUUGUCAAAGAAAAAGAGGCCACAAAAGGAAAAGAAGUAAAGCCUCCAGCUGUCAUCAAAGAGAAAGCUAUGCCAAAAAAAGAGGGAGAAAAGAAAGAACCUGAAGUAAAAAAAGAAGCAAAGCCAGCUAAACCAGAAGCCAAAACAAUAAAAGAAGCUAGAGCAGUCCCUCAUCCUGCUACUGAAGGCAAAAAAGCUGAGCCUAAAUCAUCACCCACAGUAGAGAAACCUCAUGUACACAAGCAUGAACCCGUAAAGCAGGAAAAAGCUGUUUCCCAUGCCAAAAUAGAGGAGAAAACCAAACACAAAAAAUCAUCUCCCACUGAAAAAUCAGUCAAGCCAAAGCCAGCAGUGCAUGAAGGUGUCAAACAUGAAAAAGUUCUACAAACAAAAGCAGACAAAUCAAAAGCAACAGCAAAUUUUUGUCCUGAAGAACCAGCAGCUGAAAUCACAGUUGCAGCCCAGAAAAACACAGAACAAGCUGCAAAAGAAAAAAAAGAAAAAACAGUAGAGAAAAAACACCUGAAAGAGGAAAAAGCUAAAGAAGCCUCAACAGUAAAAGAAACUCAGCGACAUCACAACCUGACAACAGAGAAGGUUUCCAAAGCUGCAAAAAUAGCAAAAGGAUAUACGGAAAUAAUUUCCAUUAAAAAAGAGAAAGCUCCUGUCCGAUACUUCCAAUGUGUCUUCCUUGAUGGGCAUAAUGGAUAUGGAUUGCAAUUCCCCAUUACUUCAGCCCCCAGCCAUGAAGAAAAAUCUAGACAUUCAAAGGCUUCUAAGAGGAAGACAAAGGCACCAGGGCAGUAGAGAGACUUGUAACCUGUGGAUUUUUCAGAUUUUGCACUUUACUACUUCUACUGAGGUCCAGCAACAUUACAACGGACCUGUUAUUGUAAAGAUGUGAUUUACUAAAUCACCUAUACUUUGAGAAGAUUUUUUUAUUAUUUUAUGAAUGGUGCAGAGGGAAAAGGAGUGGCUAUGAGCACUUUGACAAAUGUAGAAAUUCAAAAAUACCCCAUUUCUUGUGGAAAUGGCGUGGUGUUGAAAUAGUUUGUCAAGUUGUGGGCACAUUUUGUUCUGCCACUUCUGCUUUGUAUCUCUCUCUCUUGCCUAAUUGCUUGGUAUUAAACUGUGCCUGUUUUUCCAUUUAAUCUUUAAAUGGUAAAAUGUGUGAAACUCUUAUUUCAGCAAGUCCUUUUACAAGGCUACCUGAAAUCCUACAUCAUUUCUUCUUCAUGUUCACUCAGAACUUGACAGGAAGAAGCCUCACUAAAGAAAGAAAAUGUGCUUCUUGUCUGGUGCUAUUUUUAUAUAUAAUUUACCAGUUUAAUUUGAAGCACAUAGCUUAGCUUUAAACAGCUCAGUAUGCUGGUGGUGAGGUUCACUAUCAACAUCUCAUUAAUGACAACUAUUUACCUUCAACUUGAAGACAAGCAAUAAGGAUCUGCUAUGUUUGUCCCAAAGCAUUUUCCAGAUUAUAACUGUUCACUUUCUAUGUCUCAAAAUGAGUGGAGAAAGUGAGGCAAGAUGGAGCUCUUAAAAGAGGAGAUGAAGUAAAGAGGUAAAGCUAUGAAGGUCUCAGAAAUGGGAAGGAAAUCCUUCUGGUACCUCUACAUCUCUUCUUUGGAUAAAUUUCUUAUCAAGUCAGAUCUAUUUGCUGUGUACACUGUGCAGAUGGAUAGUACUGGAAAGUGCUAGAUUUAUUGUGAAGAAAAGUCAGAGGGGGAGCUAUAUUAAGAUACAUCACUUGUGAAACCAUGCAAAGCCAAAUUUGCAGGUAAACGUCUCAAUUUUAUUCAAUUUUUUUUAGCGUGGAGGAGGGGCUCACUCAGCAAAAACAAACAGGGAAAAUGGUGUUUAAUUUUGGUGUUUAAUUUUGUUAGAUGAGAUGAAUGAGCUCCUCUAGCUACUAUCUGGCUUCCUUCAAAAUGCACUCUACUGUCCACUAUUUCUAGGUUGAGCACUUGAAGUAAACAUACCUGUCCUCAACCAUCUUUUGUUUAUUUCUUUAGACAGAGCUGAUAAUCAAGUAUAAAAAAGAGGAUAAGAUGAUCUUUGCUCUAUGUGAAAAUGCCUGAUUGUAAAUCAGGAUUGUGUUGUCUGGCAAUGUAAAUAAUAAUGUCUUUUUGCAAGCUGCUAUUUGUUUUCUUCUUUACUAUAUUUAUGCAUUUAAUCUGUGACAUGUACAGAUGUAAUCUCAAGUUUAUAGUUACUAGGUGAAGUAUCAUGAGAUUAUUACAUGGCAUAAUCUGGUUGCUUCUGUAACUAUAUAUUGUUUUUUUCAGCAAAGGUCUCAGUGCUGUAGUGGUUUUAUUUCAAUUGGAUGAUUGACUUAUAUGGAUUUUGGGUAACUAUAUCCUAGAUGGCAAUUCAGUAUGGGAUAUGGAUUUUUUUGUUUUUUUACCUUCAGGUCACUGGGUCAGUAUGAUAGUGGCUGGAAGUCAUUACCCUCUGAUUGCUGUUCAAUGCCCUAUAUGAAAUGAGUUCUGGAUCUCAACACUCUCCAUAUAGGUGCCUACAUCAUAAAUCCAUAGACAACCACCCUCCUUCACCACAGGCAACCUAAAUAGCAGUCUCUGCAGACGUGCAGAAGCUGAACCUCCCCUUUUUGCCCCUAGAGUGGUUCUUCCUGAUCAGGAAGGGGGCAAACUAAAAAGGUGAAUUUACUGUAUCCUCUAGAAUCUGUUCUGUGAAUAAAUAGAGGCUUGCAGAAUGCAGAGUUGACAAUCCAGAGUUGACAACUUUACCUAUAAACAGGCAAACCACAGUUUUUCUCAGUAGGGAUUUUAUUCCCCCAUACACACCCCAUUUUAUCCCCCUCCAAAAAAUAUAUCUUUAUGUAUGUAUGUACGUAUGUAUAUUAUUACACUGGUGGUUGUCCUGUAGUAUUACUACUAAGACUGUCUUAACUAACUUUCAGAAAACUGGCUAAUUUAAUUUUGAGCUUUGUCCAAGUCCAAUAAUCAGCAGAUGUAAUCUUUCAGUAAAAAUAUCUCAAAUAAUAUGUACAUUUCCUUUUUUGCACUGUAUUUCAUCUUACUUUCCCACUGCUUGUUAGUUGAGAGGAAGGACAUGAAUAUGUUUGAGAGCCCAUGAAUAUGUUUGAGAGCCAUCAAAAUGGCUCUGAAAAAAGUAAAUAGUUCACUAGUGGUAUAAACCUGGCAAUAUAUUAUUACCUUCGUAUCUCAGCCACAGACAAAAAUAUUAUUGGACAUUGGUCUUGAGUCAAAAUAGUAGUUUCUAUACUCUGGAGUGUGUAAAUUGAGUUUAUCUGAAACCUUAAUGAAGUGUUGCUUAAAUUGCAUGGUUUUACUCAAAUUAGCCUAAAAUAUUGCUAAAGUAUAUAUGCUUAUUGUUUGUUUUGGAAAAUAAAAAAUAUAUAAAAAGUU